GUUGUGGGCCAGCAAUUUAUGCUUGGAUGGGAUGGUACACAAGUUACCCCCUCAAUUCGCAAAUUGAUCGAAGAGCAACAUAUUGGAUCAAUCCUACUUACUGCAAAAAAUCUCAUUUCGGCUGAACAAACAAUACGGCUUGUCCACGAACUGCAAACAAUCGCAUACGAGGCUGGCCAUCCUGUACCUCUCUCCAUCGCCCUAGACCAGGAGAAUGGAGGAGUCAACAGCUUAUGCGAUGCGGACUCUAUUACCCAGUUUCCGAGCGCCAUGGGAGUUGCUGCUACUGGGUCGCCGGAGGUAGCGUUCCAGGUGGCGAAAGCUACAGCACUUGAGAUUUCAGCAGCUGGAAUAAAUCUCAUAUUGGGGCCGGUCCUUGACGUGCUCACAAACGCACGCAGUCAACCACUUGGGGUUCGAUCCACUGGCGACGACCCCAAAGUUGUCUCUCAAUUUGGGGUAUCGUAUGUGAAGGGUUAUAAAGAGGCUGGCAUCGCUACAUGUGGGAAACAUUUCCCCUCCUAUGGAAACUUGGAAUUCAUGGGUGCUGGAAUAGGCUCCGGUACCCCAGUCAUUACCGAAACACUGGAGCAAUUGAGCAUUAGUGCAUUAAUUCCAUUCCGCAGCGCUAUUGCUUCUGGAUUAGAUGCCAUGAUGGUUGGUGGAUGUGCUUUAGUUGGCUCUGGAACAAAUGUGAUGCAUGCUUGCCUUUCAGGGCAGGUCGUUGAUGAGCUACUAAGAAAAGAUCUCAACUUUCAGGGGGUUGUCAUAUCAGCCUGCCUAAGAAUGGAAGCCCUUAUUCAGAAUAUAGGGGUUGGUGGUGGGACUGUAAUGGCUAUCAGGGCAGGUUGUGACAUCGUUGUCCUUUGCCGAACGUCUGCUGUACAACACGAAGCUAUCGCAGGACUAAAGCUUGCUAUCAAGGAAGGAAUCAUCCCCAAAGACAGGAUUCGAACGUCUUUGAAAAGAAUCCUCAAAAUGAAAUCAAAAUGUACUUCAUGGGAGCAAGCUCUGAAUCCACUAGGUCUGGAAUACCUCGCAGAGGUUAAACGUUCACAUACCGAACUUGCCAGGGCGACUUAUCAAAACUCUAUUAGUCUACUCCGAGACGAAAAGCACUUUCUUCCCUUGUCCAAUAUCAUCCAGGAUUCGGAAUCGCUUCUUCUUCUGACGCCUCUUCUCACCACCUCAGCUCCAAAGGGAAAUACACCAGGAAGUUCAGCAGUUUGCUCCCCCACUCAAGAUGCUCCACACCAUCACCCGUCACUUAUAAGUGGGGAAGAAUUAUUCAGUACACUAGGGACUACUCUAGCACAACGUCGAAAUGGGAAAGUACUCCAUACAUCUUAUACCGCAAAUGGAGUCGAGCUACUACACGAAAAUCUCCUCAACAGGGCUAGCGCGGUCAUAGUUAUCACAGCUGAUGCCAACCGCAACCACUACCAAAUCGAGUUCACCAGACAAAUUGCCAUGGUUUGUAAUUCUCGACCCAUAUCGAAUUUGAAAAGAAAGACACCACUCAUUGUUGUAUCCGUCAGCUCCCCAUAUGACUUUGCCAUUGAUCAAUCCGUAGGCACGUACAUCUGCACAUACGACUUUACCGACAUUGCAAUGAAUGCAUUGGUGUCUGUUCUUUGCGGCGACGAAAUUCCUCGGGGGGUUCUUCCCGGGGCACCGAACAAACUUCAAAAGGCUGCGAAAGUACGCCAGUAUUGGACAGUUGAGGAUUUUGACCGAACGAGAGAUGAAUUUGCGUUAGGCCUGUUGAUUAAAGCCAUUGUAGAAGGAAUGCCACAUCAUCGACGCUCUCAACUUCAAGAAACCACCCCGGCUUCUUUUUUGCUACAAAACUCUAGAAUCGAAGAAUCUCAUUUUGUUGUGCGCAAUAGUACUACCCAAGAGAUUUAUGGAUUUUGUUCAACCUACUUCUAUAAGGAAUCGGCCACCGCAGUAAUCGGCUCACUAUUUGUCCACGGCAUGAGGCGGAACCUCUCCAUUGGACAUAGUUUGCACGAACGUGCCAAACGGGUUUUGCUGGAAAAGCCCGGUGUUAAAAGUGUUCAAAUUGACUCGGUAUUACCAAGCAUGUUUAUGGGAAUUCCAGCAGAUGAUGCUGGUAAACAUAGACGUUUGAGCCGAUGGUUUCUCGAUAGGGGCUGGAAAAGAUCUUCGGCAGGUCUCGCACAUAGCAUGAUCAUUCGUGAUCUUUCUAGAUGGACCCUUUCUGCUAGAUUGACAAGCAACACCCAGACCUCCUCCGUGGUUUAUGACGCUGUCUCUCCUACUUCCUACUCAGACCUGAUUCUAGAGCACGUGAGGGCCAACUCGAAUCAAAACGAGAUCGAGCUCUACAAGCUUGCUUUGGCAGACGCCAGGGCCUACCAAGUCGUACUUGCUAGAAGUUUCCCUAGUAAUAAAAUCUUAGGUUCUGAGAUCCUAUGUUAUGGAAGGUCCUCUUUAGCAGAAUUUUUGCCUGUAUUAAGGACCACAACAGAUGGCGGAGGCAUUUUGGCACCUGUCGUCUCAUUAUCGAAUGACAACUAUGUGUCGAUUUUGCAAGGGCUUUUGAUAUGCGGAAUUCGACGCAUCAAAGCGCAAGGACUCAACUCUUGCGUUCUAAAUAAGGCAAGCUGGAAAUUCCUAUAA